UUCCUUUUCUCUUCUUUCUAGGAUCCUGAAAACAAGAUUUAUUACAGUUUGCAGGGGACAGGUUCAUCCUUUUUCAUUAUCAACCCAUUAACAGGAGUAAUAUCCAUCGCUAGGCCUUUAUCAGAAGAUACAUCAUUUAGAUAUACACUUACCAUAACUGCUAAAGACCAAGGAGAUCCUCAACGCAUGUCCACUGCAACUUUGACAGUUACAGUACUAAGGAAUAAUAAUGCACCAAUAUUCACAAGACUUCCAUAUUAUAAGACUGUUUCUGAUACCACUCCAGUUCUUGUUAGUAUAUUUCAAGUUACAGCCACUGACUCUGACACAGGUAAAAAUGCAGAAAUAAGAUACAAAAUAACUGGUCCAAUAGAGUCUCAAAAGUUGUUUGAAAUGAAUGCUACUACUGGUACAAUUUAUGUUCGAAGUAGCUUAACUGGAGUCAGUCAAGACAGAUAUACGAUCAACGUUGAAGCAUCUGAUUCUGGUAGCAAGCCACAAACAUCUACAGCAAAAGUAGUAAUCAGCAUUUUGCACUCAAAUAAACCAUACUUUGAUAGAAGCAUGUAUGAAGUGUCUGUGGACGAGACAGCACAAGUCAAUGCUUAUGUCUUCCAGGUUUCAGCAAAUGAUCCUAGACAAUCUGCGGGACAGUUACAAUAUGAAAUGAUUAACAAUGUAAAACUAUUUGCCAUGAGCUCUGGUGGAUUAAUAACUGUGGCGAAGCCCCUUGUUGGUCUUAAUAUAAAUAUUGUUGAAAUUGAAGUGAAGGCAUUCCGGAAAAAUGAUACUUCAAGUUCUGCAACAACCACAGUUAUUGUAAAGAUAAUCCGUAGAAACACUCCUCCAAGAUUUAAUAGCACCAAUGUGGAAAUUUCUAUAGCUGAUGACACAACGAUUGGACAUGUCUUCUAUAAGGCUGUAGCUACAGAUCCUGAUACUGGUGAAAAUGGUCGGAUUACCUACAAGAUUAUUACAUACAACCCACCAUCUGGCAAAAGCUAUUUCUAUGUGAACCCUGAAACUGGUAAUGUGACAGUUACAGCUUUGCUAAGCCAAAAUCCAAAUCCUACGAGGAGAUACAUACUUGAUAUCCAAGCAGAAGACAAUGGCUACCCAAGAAACAAAGCUACCAUGCGAAUUACAGUCAAUGUUGUCAGCCGUUCAAACAUACCAGUAUUCCAGCAAAGUGAAUAUAAAUUCAACAUCACUUCUAAAGCUGUAAAGAAUGACGUUGUUGGUACUGUAUCUGCUACUGAUAGAGAUGGGGAUCAAGUAAUAUACUCCAUUCCUCAAAGUGACUUCUAUUUUGCCAUCAAUAACAUCACAGGAGUAAUUACUGUGAAUGGAGACAUUGCAUCAAAUCCUACAUCUUUCUAUGAGUUCAAUGUCAAAGCCAGUGAUGGUUCCUACAGAUAUUCAGAAGCAAGAGUUAUUAUUACUGUGAAGCAUAAUUUAUAUCCUCCAGUAUUCUCUAAGAAACUUUAUGAAGUAUAUGUUAAAGAAUACAUACCAAUAGAUACUGCCAUUAUCCAAGUAACAGCUACAGACAAAGAUUUACAAGCAGGAAGCUCCACGGCAAAUGCAUUAAAUUACUACAUUUCUCCAUUCAGUAAUUACUUCUCCAUUAGUAAUUUUGGAAAUAUUUAUGUUAGAGCAUCACUUGCAACAAAUUUGAUUGGUAAUCAAGUAAACUUAACUGUGAUAGCUACUGACCAGUCCCUUCAACCAAUGUCUGGUUCCACCCUUGUUAUUGUCAACAUUGAACGAAAUAGCUAUCCGCCAGUUUUGCAACCCUCCAGUAUAUCUGUAUCAAUACUGAGUACUUUCACUCCAACCAGAACUAUUUUGAAAUUAAAUGUUAGUGAUCAAGACAGAUCUUUAAAUAAUCCAAAUGGAGAAGUUAUACUGUCAAUACCUGAUAAGUAUGCUGAUGCCAGAAAAUAUUUUGCUAUUACAAAUCAAGGGGAUUUAUACUUAGAAACUCCUUUAUCAAUAACAGACAGCAGGAUGUUCAAUUUCAAGGUAAUUGCUAAAGACGGAGGCUGGAAUCCAAAAACAGCAGAAGCAAGCAUUACCAUAAAUGUCACCAAAGUGAUACAAUCUGGUGGGAAAAUGGGUUUUGUCCAGCCAGUCUAUUAUGUAACUAUUCCUGAAAACACUAAAGAAAACGCGAUCAUUCUGGCCAUGAAAGUGGAAAAUACAGAAAAAACAAACAGCAUGAUUUGUAAAAUACAGACUGGAGAUGAAGGGCUCUUUUCUGUGAAAUAUAACAUAAGUACAGCUUCAUGUGAUCUCAGUUUGUUGAAUGGAAUUGACUAUGAAACUAAAGAUUCUACAUACAAUCUAGAGAUUGUACUUUCCACUUCGCAGACACGGAAACUGUUAGCAUUCCAGACGUAUCCAACUGCAUUAGUGAUAGUAAGAGUAACUGAUGUUAAUGAACACAGCCCUGAGUUUGUGGCUAACAGAUUUUACCAAAGUAGCACAUACUUUGGACUGCUUCCCUCUACAGCUGGAGUAAAUACAUUUGUUAUGUCAGUUAAUGCAACAGAUAAAGAUCUUUAUGAUAAAUAUUAUUUGACAUACUCAAUUGUAUCUAGUAAAACAAUUCCAUUUUAUAUGCUGGGAAGGAACAUACUUAAUUCUGAUGUCUACAAGCAAAAUGAUGCAACAAAUUAUUAUUUUGAUGUCAAAGUAAUUGACAGAGGCCAAAAACCAGCGACAAACAAAGCUGUGAUUAACAUCGUGUUUGAUGAUAACCGGAUGUCACUUAAGUAUGAGGUCAAACCUUCGGAAUUUGGUAAAGUGAAGCAAAAUGUAAGACAGAUUUUAUCAGAGAAGAUCAGCAAUAUUGUUCUGUUUGAAGAUGUCCAGAUAGCUUAUGAUGAAAAUGGUAAUGCUAUUUCUGAUAUAACUUUUGUCAUAGCACAGCAAACAGUACCUCACCGACUCAUUAAUAUACCCAGCAAUGAUAAGAUUAGGGAGGAGUUUAACAAAUUAGGAGAUACUAUCGGCGACAUUGGAUCUGUGAUAACUACCUACCAACCUCAAAGGGCUGCAAUGAAGACCAAAAGUUUUGUUUGGUGGAUGGAUGAUCCUUGGGCUGCACUUGUUGCCUUGGCUGCAAUCAUUAUUUUGCUCUGCCUCAUAGGAAUCAUUGUUGUGUUAUUUACAUGGUCAAGGUAUACUAAAUAUUUGAACCAAUAUCGAAUACAUCAUCUGGCAAAUGAACCAACAGAUUUUGUGGAACCACCAAACUUCUUAAAAGAUUUCGAAACACAAUCACUAAAUAUGUAUGUGCCACCUGAUGAAGCCGAGCGGGACCUUGGUGAAAUCAACAUGACAUUUGAAGGGGACACACUGCGACGGGUGGAACAUCAGGGUGCAGAUCCUGGUGUUGCCUCAGCUGUAAAUCCAUUAUUUAACAACCAACCUCAAGACACGCAGCAGAAAACUGGCUUUACAGAGACCACAACUAUACUUUAAUUGCUCAUUCUCUUUAAGGACACUAUAUCAAAAAUGUUAAAACUUAAGAAUUAUCAUUUUUUUUUUUUUUUGCCUCUAAUUACAAUAUUUUUUCAUACUAGAAAUAAAUAUAACAAUUAACCUAAGUAAGAGCUAAACUAAACAUAUUUAUAUACAAGGCUUUCCUAAUGUUUUAUAAUCAACAUGGCUUGAAUUCCACAAAAUGUUUAUAUAUUUUUUAUUUAUUUUUCUCUUUUGAUAAAAAUUAUCAUGCAUAACUGAAUAAUACAACUCAAUUUUAGAAAUGGACUAAAUUAGAAAUAAAUUAGGAAUACUAAUGUUUAUGAAUGUAUCUAAUGAUCAUGAGUGAAAAUAACAAGUUUUAAUUUAAAAGAAAGAAAAAAACAGUUUUGUAUGGUUACAAUGACAUUAAAUAAUAAGAACUAUCAUUAAAAAAAAAAAAUAUUUAAAGCUAUCUUAAAAGUGGCUCAAAUUUAAAAGCAAAAAUCAAAUUUGGAUGCACGUAAAGACUAUGACUCUCGCAGGAUAUUGGUCAGUCUUAAAAAUUUUAAUCUUUCAACACACUUUAUAAGUAAGACUGCAGGCUGAUGUCACACCUGACAGUGGAGUACUCAGCAAUGUAUUUCGCCAUUUCUCAAUGGAAAUGAAAGAACACUCUAAAUGUUGUUGUAAGUUAGUCCUUCUGAGAUUGACUGCUUAGUAACACUCAUGGAAACAAAUCCCAAAUUCUACAAACUAAUUACACAUUCAUGAUUUUGUUAACUGUUUCAAAAAUUCUGUGCUUCCAAUAUUUUUAUAUCUUAUUACACAGAUUUACUUUUCUAAAGUUAUGUAUAAUUAUUUUAAAAUUCAAGUUGUGAUAAUAAUUGCAAAUAAACAAAAAAAAAAAAAAAGUAAUAUAUUUUUUAAAAGUCAAACCAACUGGUUCUUCUACAAAAAUGGAAACAACCCCACCCAAAAAAAAAAAAUAAUAAAUAACCCUUUCUGAAGUAACACCAAACUGUAAAUAUUUUCAACUUUGAGCAAAUAUUUGAAGUAAAAAAAUAUAGUUCUGUUAACAUUUGUUUUAUAUAAUAAAUAAUAAUAAAAUAUA